AUGGAAACAAAGAUCAAGACAACGAAUGUGAACAAAACUGGUAACAAUCUGCCAACUGCUGGAGAGACCCCUGCUAGUGUCUCUAGCAUCUUACCUUCAGAGCAGGUUUCACCAUCUAAUGUGUCAGAUCUUAGCAGAAUUUUGCCUAACGUUGUACAUCUAGAAGCUGGACCCCAGAAAAGGCGACCAGGCACUGCAAUAAUAUCAAAACGGUCAGAUUCUUCAAACAUGUCUGGGACACCACUGAAUCUGCCCGUCAUACCUCCAAGAAGACCUGGUUUCAGGGUAUGCUAUAUCUGUGGCAGAGAAUUCGGGUCACAGUCUAUUUCUAUACAUGAGCCCCAGUGCCUAGAGAAGUGGCAUACUGAAAACAAUCAGCUACCAAGGCACCUCAGAAGACCAGAGCCCCGGAAACCUGAGGUCCAUACUGCUGGUUCCCACAAGCUUACAGAUGAAAAUGAGGCAGCUUAUCAGAGUGCUCAAGCUCAACUCCUGCCCUGUGGAAACUGUGGACGAACCUUCCUUCCUGACCGUCUUAUUGUGCACCAAAGGAGCUGUAGAGGAGGUAGCGGUGGUGCGAGACUCCCAAGCUCUGGAUCUGGCACAGCAAUGACUGGCUUGGAGUCCAGUCCUGCACAAGUGAUAAGACGGCCACCAACAGUGAUUUGUUACAUAUGUGGCCGGGAGUAUGGAACAAAAUCUAUUAGUAUCCAUGAGCCACAAUGCCUUAAAAAAUGGCACCAAGAGAAUGACAUGCUGCCCAAGCACCUGAAAAGGCCAGUGCCCAGAAAACCUGAAGUCAAUCCCAUAAAAGCCAAAGGUUUCUAUGAUCUCGAUGCUUUAAAUGAGGCUGCCUGGACCAGCGCCCAGAACCAGCUAGUUCCAUGUGAUAUUUGUGGGCGUACUUUUCUUCCAGACAGACUGAUUGUCCACCAGCGGUCCUGUAAACCGAAACCUGCAAAGUGA